AUGGGCAUCAGUUGCGACUUUCAGACAAACCUGUCAUCCAAACCCGCCAAGGCUCACAAUGCGAUGUGGACAAAGAGCGAAGACGAGCUUGUGGCCGCCUCGCCGCCCCCGGCAGGCGUCGUAUCCAACUUCGACAAUCCCGCCGAGUCUCUCGUGCCACAGGUGCUUGCCGUCGCCACAACGUUCAACCUCCUGGCCAUCAUCUUUUGCGGGAUACGCCUGUAUACAGUCAAGGUCGUGAUCCGCCGCCAUCAACUUGACGACGACCUCAUCUUCAUCGCUCUGCUCUUCGCCACGGCAUACUCGGCGAUCCAAGUGUAUGAGACGAGGAAUGGGUCUGGGCAUCACAUCUGGGACGUGAGCCGGGCGGAAGUCGUGGCCUUCCACAAGCUGAGCAUGGUUGAUCUCGCGGCGUACAGCCUGUCCGUUCUCUUCACAAAAGCCUCGAUUCUCUCCUUCUACCUCCGCUUCCCCCUCAAGCGCGCUGUGAGGAUAGUUGUGUAUGUGGUCAUGUUCGCGACGGUGGCGUACUCGGCCGCUGGCGCGCUUGGCUGGGUGUAUCUUUGCACUCCCAUGGCAAAGAUCUGGGAUAUCGAAGUUCCGGGCACUUGCGUUGAUCGGUCGAUGUGGUGGUUGAUGUUAUCGGUCAGCAACGUGGCCACCGAUCUCGCAAUCUUGUUGCUCCCAAUUUGGAUCCUUUCACCUCUGUCUUUGCGAUUGGUCAAGAAGAUCGAGAUGAUGAUCUUCCUAAUGGCCGGAGGAUUCGUCCUUGGACCAAGUAUGAUCCGCAUGAUCAUGAUCCCUCUCGGCUUCAACAACGCGGACUUCACCUGGACCGCUUCAAUAAGCAUCAUCUGGUGCAUCGUGGAAGCCAACGUGGGCAUUAUCUGCACCUGUCUCCCCUUCCUUAAAGCCUUCAUAAAGCACAUUGCUCCGGGCAUCGGCAAACGUUUCUACGCUCCAGAUGAACCACAAUCACCCACGGUCUUUGACCGUGCUGCCGCAAUCCAGAGCCUGCCGCCACCUCCCAAGUCAGCACGACGUAAGAGCUUCGGCAGGCAGGCCGUCGGAGACGUGCCUGACGCUGAAAUGUGCACAACACAUUCGAACUGGCCGUUGAAGAAUGAGGAGCCCUUUGACUACGUCGAGUAUCGAGACGUGAGACUGUCGCAAGAUCGCAAGCCUUCUAAUCCUGCGAAGCCUGUCGAUGUCGCGGAGAUGACGUGUGUCGACGUUGUGGAGACCGGCGCGCCGACAGCGAUAUUGUUUGUCCAUGAGCUCGGCGGUACCAUGGAUGUCGCCGAGAAGCUCGGACUGAGAAAGGAACGGCCAUUCACCCCGUAG